AUGAAGGUCUUUAAAUUCUAUUUCGGUAUAAGCCUGAUCGGUAUUUACAUGGGAUUUCUUAACGGCUGUCUUGCAACAUUACGUUCCGCGCGUUGUAGAAGCCGAUGUUUCGCCGCACAGGUGAGUUAGUUGUUGAUGAAUCAAAUUGUUUAGACAUGUUGUUGAAUCUUUGACAUAUCGUGAUCUCGUACCUGUUGUACUUAAGUACCAGUUUUCCUGUGGAAUAUAAGUAAUUCAGAUUUGUCCUAAACAUUGUUGAAAGUCACCUUUUUAUCUUGUUGCUUUGCUCUCUUAAUGUUUUGCCUUCCGACUUUGCAUCCCCACCUACAAAUAUUCCAGAGAUUCGAAGAAAAAUCUAACUAGGACUGCACUUGUGGUUGCUAUGAUCUGGUACAAGUUCGUUUACUAGCUUAAGUAGGAAUGUGAAUCUGUGCACAAAAUAGGAUGAUCUUGGCGAAAAAAGUAACAUAUCGGUUUAGAAUCUCAGUUUGGUUCCCUAUCUUCGCGCGUGUUCAGGUGCAAGCCGAAACUUUGGAUUAGCCGUUGGCAUAUUUCUUAACGUAGAGUUUCUUGCAAAUCCGAAGCAACAUGAAAUUAUUUUGUGCCGAAUCUAAAACUCUAAAAAACGUAAGAUCCACUCAUUAACUUGGGGAGAGCAAAAGUAGUGAUUAUUUGCUAUAAUUGAUCUUAAGCAACAUCAAGUAUUUCCGAUAUGUCAGCAUAUUUUUCCAAUUCUUGCGAGUAUCGGGUGAUUUUGAAAACUGGCUGUUUGUUUGUACACUAGCGGUUGCGGACACUUUGCAUACGAGAUUACAUUUUCAAAGUACAUCGAAGAGAAUCGUGCUGUUUUGUUAUGAAAGAAACUUUUUUGCGUAAAAUAAGCAGAUUUCUCACUUUGAUCAGUGACUUCAUACUUCGCAAAUGCAGCCGAGAACUUACAAGAACCCUGAACGGAUAUUCUUUGUAAUGCAAAUACUUUUCACUCAGCUCGCUGGCUUUUAAUUUAAUUUGUUGAAAUUGAGUGGUAUCUCUAAUGUGCUUCGUGUCUGUUUUACGGAAGUCGGAUUUGUGAUAUUUCUCGCUUUUGGAAGUGGCAAAUUAAUGCAAAUUUUCACAUCUUCCAACUCACCCUAUAUAUUGCUUCACAGUUUUAAAGAAUUGAAAUUGUUUUCUACAAAAUUUGGACGACGGGGAGAAACGGUAUUCUAGCAUCAUUCGAUUUGAUAGUUUGGAAAUCAGACGGGAAUUUCGGAAGGUGUAAGAUGGAAAGACAAUGUUGCGACCAAAAUUAACAGUUCUAUUCAAAGUUUGUCUCUAAUGUCUUUUUUACGCUACAUGUAUAACGACUAGUCUGGAAAGGCGCAAUAUUUUAAUGAACAGUGUAACACACAUUAAGCUUAAUUUUUCUUAUCAAACUAAAUACCAUAAAAAUCAGCAUUAGACUUCUUCAGCUGAUUUUGAAACUACUGUUAAUAGUUGCAUCACGUGAAUUUUUUUCAAUUUAGUAAGCUACGGAUACAAAAUACCUCCCAUCGAGCAUUUGGUCAUUUGAAAAAGAUUAAAAGUUUCAUACUGUGCUUCGGGCAAGAAAAAAUAAUUUUAUUUUAUUCCCAACUGCUUACAUUUUUAAAAGAUUUAAAGCCUCUAAGAAUUGGCAGAGCACCUUCAGGCACAGCAGCCCUCAAAAUUCAUUGAAGUGAUAUUGUUAUGCAAUGCAAUGUCUAGCCACACGAUACCUAUUGCAAGCUGUUUAGACCCCCAAAAAGCAAUGUUUUUUCCCCAUGAGGUUCAAAUCUGUUUUCAUUAUCCACAAAAUCGAUUUGAUACAACUGUGCUUAUUAAGGUGAGAGUCACUGGAAAUGUGAAUGGAACAUUUUCCAGAGAAUGACUGAAGAAAAUGGCCUUUUAAAUGAAUUAAAUGAGAAUACUGGUACAGUAAUAAGUACAGUAUUAUACACACAUAAAUUUCUGUGCGUAGAAACAGUAGAAAUAUAUGGUAUGGUUGAAUUUUAUCCUUGGCUUAAAUUUUAUUUUUCUUUGUAUCAUUAUAUUAUAUAACCAUACCCAAAAACAAAGGAAAGUAAAGUAAAAUUUAACCAUUGUUGAUGAAAAAAUUGAAUGACAACAUAUAUCAUUGUUGGAUGUAUUAUUAGAUCAGCUGUUAAUGUGGUUUUAGCUUAAUUAUGCAACUGUCUGAGACAAAAAUGCAAAGCAACCUUUCACUCCAAUAAUAACUGGAAUAGAUAGCCCAGUUUGAGAAUUAUGUUUACAAAUUCAGCCAAAAACUGCUUAUUCUGAUUUUUCCAUACUUACCCUGGCGAGAGAAUCUGACCUUUAACUGUGGUAUUUAACUCAAUAUACAUGAACUCAUUAUUCCCUAUCCUCUUUCUGUGGCUCUUUUCUUGGUGGGAAAAACACAAGCCACAUAAAAAAAUAAAGAUGCUCAAAUUAACAUUGUGUGGUUCCAGAAAAUAUCCAUACCCCCCCCCCCACCCCACGGAAGAUCAUUGGAAAUUCCGACGGGGAGGGGUAUGGAUAUUUUCUGGAAUCCCCCCCCCCCCCACCCCACGGAAGAUCAUUGGAAAUUCCGACGGGGAGGGGUAUGGAUAUUUUCUGGAACCAUACAUUCAUAGAGUUGGCACCUCAAUAAAUACCAAAGCCAGAUCCGGCCCUUGAAAUAAGGGGGGACCCAGUCAUCCAGACCCGAGAUAGUGGGGGUGGGGGGGAGCCUGAUCUCUAAAAAACAUUUUUUUGGGUCCUUCGGGCCUCAGUUUGGUCUAAAAAUAAGGGGGGUCCAGGCUCCCCAGGCCCCUUCCCUGGAGCCGCCCCUGAAUACAUGUAUUAUUGUGUUGACCAGAGUAAGGAGGCUGUAUUAAAAUUUAAGACUUAAGCCUUCCUGAUCAUGCUCUUUUAUACUCAAAAACUACAUGUUUGAUUUCGGUAGUGAUAUAAAAAGUAAGGAUAAAUUGAAGAAGUAGACCCUGGUUGUUCACACAUUGGUAGCACUUUCUAUUGGAUAAAUCACUAUCCAGCAGGCGCUGUUUGUUCAAAUGCUGGGUAGCACUAUCCACCAGAUAAAUCACUAUCCAGUGGAUAAGUAUUACAAGAACCAACUGCGAUAUCCACUGAGUAAAGAUAAGAAUCCAGUGGAUAGUGUUAUCUGCCUUUCCCACAUGCAACUGGGCCCGCAUAAUUAUUGCAUUGUCUACUGGAUAGAUAUUUAUGCAGUCGAUAGCAUUAUUCACUGUUCAAACAACUACAGGGGCCCUGGCCACAAGUGCAUUUAAAAGAAAUGAGAUUAUUUGAGGAAUGUGACCAUGUACAUGUGGUGGAUCACAAAGAGUUUUUGUUACUGUAAAAUACACAUUUUUUGAAGCUUUUAUUGAUUGUAUAAUACUUUAAUGUCAGGUAUAUUUAUCACUUUCUGCCAACUUAUUUUUUUUUUGAAACAUACAGCUACAUGUCUAAAAUUAUGCAAAAGCUGGAGUGGAGACAGCUCACCCGAUGCAUUAAGAAUACUGUAAUCCAUCUAACUCAACAUGGUUUCUUUGUUCCUUUCAAUUUAUUGUUUAGGACACAGCCACAGGCAAUGAUUUUUGUGUAUCACAAUCCUGUUUAGUGGUAAGUAGAACAGUUAUAUAAACAUUAUGCCUGAUUCACAGAUAAUAAUAUCAUUUGGGGUAAAAAAAAAAAAUCAAAUCUUAACCAAAAAAAAUUGAAGUCUGUAUUAACCUAGUGUUUUCAAUCUUCAGUGUUUAAAGCCAUGUAAUGUCAGAGAGGCACAUGUUUUAUCUUGUUCACUCAUCUGUGUAAGUAUUAAGACAGACUAUAUAUAGAUAUUAAGCUCUACUGAGAUAAGUCAGCAAGGUGCCUGCAUACUCAUGCCAGAGUGUGACAAAAGUAAUGCUGCAGGGGCUAAUGGCACAACCUGCUGGGGUGGCAUUUGUUUUAAUCCAAAGUUGUCCAACAGCGUGCAUUGUUUGCCUUGAUAAAGUAAAUGUUUGUGAAAGUGGAGCUUUGAAUUUGUAGGCCUACAAUGUCACUACUGUUUAGCAACAACUUCCCCAAAUAAAUUAGGGCAAGCGAUUUUUCAAAUUUUCAUCUUACAUUGUGUAUACAGCUGUAACUCCAAGUAAGAGUAAGGAAGACAUUAUAAGAAAAGACCCAAGUCAUGUUAUCAGAGGUUUAUAAGUUAUAUAAGUGCUGGGUUUCAUGUCCCUAAGAGCUAGCUGCCAACUAAGUUCACUCGCUGAAAAAGACCCUACCACUGGCUCAAAUCGCUCUGGUGAACUUAAAAAUUAAUGUGGGGUAAUCUUGAAGGUGCAGUUUAGUAAUUUAAAAAAGCCAGCCUGACCAAUUGAAAAGCCUGCUUGUCCUUAGCUACAACAAUCCCUGAUAGUGUGAGACAAUUUUUGUUUGUGAAAAAAUUGUAAAAAAUGCAUAUAGUGUAAUAUUAGGCUUUAACGUACGCCUAUAUUCAAACUUUUUGUUUCCUUUCUUAGGGAUUGUAUAAUAUUUCUAAUGUAACUAAAGGAAUAUGUGAAGAUUCUUGUAAAUUCCUUCAGAAAAUACAUCUUGAAGGUAAGAAAGUCCACAAUGGCCAAUAAUAAAUAAAUUGACAUUUUUGCUUAGUUACUAAGCUAAAAGAAAAAGUUAGGGGAAAAGACAGUAUGUUAUAUUUUAAUUUAUUUACUUCACUCUUUAAUUCUGGCUGUUAAAACUCUAAAUGGACUUCAUCUUACUUUUGCUUUGACAUUUCCUACCCAAUGUAUCAAGUUGAGUGCUCUGUUUGGAUGACUGUCUUUAUCUCUGUUCUAACUUGUUAAAGUGGCCCGAAGACUUAUAUUUUUCUCAUGGAAUUGUGUAGUGAUUUUCUCAGUCUAAUUCUCUGUCAAGUUUUCCUUUGAUAUUUCCUGUCCAAUAUUUUAAACAGAGCAACUAGAAAAUUCUCGUUCUGUAGUCUUCGUCUAAGUUUGCCAAGCACAAAAACAUUGUGUGGCUACUAAAAGGAAAUGUAUCUAUUCUAUGCUUGUGUAGACUUUUAGACUGGAGACAAGAACUAGCUGAGACAAAAUUGCUCAGCAAUUCUAAAGUUGUGCCAUCUUUUUUUUGACAGAGGGAAAUUCAACAUGCCCAGAAGGAGUUUCCAAUUAUAGUAAAUGUAAGUUUUUAAAAACUCUAAGAAUAAUCGUUUUGUUUUAACUUUGAAACUGAGGUCUCCAGCUAGGGUAGAGCUGUUGAUGGUUAAUUCGCACAAACCCAUGGCUACUAAUAGUCACCACUUCAAACUUCAAUACAACUGCUUCCAAAAUCUUAGCCCUGCUCUGGCCCUAGCUUUCCAGCGGAUAUACAUUGUAGAUUGGUUUCUCAAAUAGUCAUCUGGACUGGAGAACCAUAAACCCACCUUUAAAACAUUACUUGAUUUAUAUCUUAUAACUGGGGUAAUCCAGGGAUGGACUUGCUAACUUUCCAUAGGGAGAGAGGUGGGGAUACUCAUAGUACACUGUAAAUGCUCAAAUUAGAGCCUGCCUUCAAAUAAGUGCCCCCAUGAGGCCAAAAAUAUUAAUUAUGUACCCCAGUUCCCUCUCCAGGAAAGAAGUAAUGUCAAUUAUUUGUAUAGAGUAGAAAUGGAAGCAGGAUUUUACCGGAUUUCACUUGCAAAGCUAAGUAAGAGGAGUAGCUUAGAGGAGACAGGACUUUGUGAUCAAGCCACCGCAAACACACAGAUUAUGGAUAUGUUCUAGUUUACUAUUAAGCAGAACCUCGAUAUAAUAAUGACCUCUAUAUAAUGAAGUCCUCGGUACAGUGUAUAACGAACGAUUUUCUUAGCCUCAUUAGUUAAGUAAAAUGUAAGAAAAAGAACCUCAAUGUAACUAAACCUUGUUAUAACAAACAAAUUUUGCCAAACCCUUGGCUCUUCAUUAUAUCGAGGUUCUACUGUAUUACAAUUUCUAUUUACUAGAACUAACCAAGACAAUUCAUGUUACUUUGUUACUGUCAUAGCCACUGUGUUAAUACAUCUGAAUAAUGUCAUUUUUAUAUUAUUUAAGGUGUGUUAAUGAAACCAGAAAAUGUGCAAGUUGCUGCACCUGUAAGAAAUAAAAGGUUAGAAAAUUACACCAUUAGCUGGAACGGAAAAUGGCCAUCUUCAACAGUAUUUGUUGUUCUGGCAAAACAAUGGAAGAAAGGAUCAUCAACAGAUGCCAAUACUGUGUGGAUAGAGCUAAUGCAGGUAUGACAACUCAACUAUACCCCAACCCCACUGAAAAUAUUAAAAUGGAUAGAACUGAAGCAGGUAUGACUCCAUCUACAAACCCCAAGGCUAAUCUGAAAAUAUCAUAAAAUUCUUUCUGUUUGUUCUUUCAAUAUUAUUCAUUUAAUGUGUCCACAGCAGGAUUAGCUGAGUCGGUAUAGCACUUGACUGCAGAGCAGGAGUUCAUGAGUUCCAUUCCUAGGGCUACACCAAUAUUCAGGGUCUUAAAAUAAUUGAGAAAUAAAGAAUGAAGGUGCUGCAUUUUCUCUCCUUGUGUGGCUUGCAUAACCACAGAAAAUGAGGGCCCCAUCUCUAGUAGAAGGUGUGAAAAUGGUGUUCCCAAUAUAGUACUUUGUUGCCAAAUACAUUGACACUCAAAUAAAGUGCAUUUUUUCCUCAGGAUAUUCAAGUAAUUAUAAGAACCUGUCGUUCCACUCAGCUGAGUGUCUAAAAACUAAAACUAGGGCAGCUAAUUAGUGUGUAUAGAAACAAAGCAUUAUGGCAGUUAAGCUACAAUUACAUAUAGUUAGAAAGUAGACAUCUCUAAAUCUGGAUAACAUAGUUAUAAGAGUUCACUAAAAAAAUCUUAAUAAUCACAAAUUAUUUAUAAUAAUCUACAUAUUAUUUUUUACUGCAUAGACUACCUUGCAAUCUGUCCAAGUGAACCUUCAACCACUGUUUUGGUACCAGUUCAAAGUUGCAGCAUCUAAUCAGUAUGGAGCAAGCCCAUUUAGUCUACCAAGUAGAUUAAUGUUCGCAAGACCACGGCCACCACUUCCUCCAAGAGCAUUUAAUGUGACAGAGAUGCAAGUAGUCAAGGGAAGGGUACAAGUCCAUGUGGUCUGGAAGAAACCUGUCAGCAGUUUUGGUAAUUAAAGACUUAAGUAAAGUUACCCCGGUAACUCAAACUCUGAAGGCAAAGGGAAAAUAGUGUGGGUUAGCAGGGGUUCAAGACAAGUUAGUUAUCACUGAGGAUUGAUUGAAUUUUCUAUUUGCCACUUUAAUUGACAGUUACUGAUUUUUCAGCACUUCAGUGUAUAGUACAGUGCAAAUUUACUUUUUUUUAUGAAAAACAAUGACAUCAUUAUGCAUUAAUUUUUUGUGAUAAAACAUGAUCUGUUCAUAUUGCUUAAGUUAAAAUCAAAUUGCUGUAUAAGGUUAGUUUUUGUGUGUUUUUUUGUAUACAAAGAGCUAAUGGGAUGGCAUCCAAGUGGGGUAACAAGAACCAGUGAUAUCUAAAUCAAGGGAAUGGAAAUUUAGUUUGAGUUAAUGGGGAAUUCAAGUUAUUUGAGGUUGAGUUAACUGAGUUGAAACGACUGAAAAGUGGGUUGAAAUCCAAGGGAAAUUGGACCUACAGUUGGAAUUAGCAGGGAGUUCAAUUUCAAGUUAUCAAGGUUCUUCAACGUCACGAGUUAAACUCCUUUUGAUCAUGAGGAGGGAUUUUGUGGAUCAUAACCCUUUAAGCCCCAAUAUCCGCAUACAAAUUCUCCAAACUGAUCUCCAUACAUUUCCUUUAAGAAUUAGUUGAGAGAAUUUGAUCUGCCAGCAUUUUCUCUUUAGUGAUCAUUUCAUAAAUUCUCAUAACCUAAUCUCUCGACAAAGUAUGAAUAUUGUUGGGAGAAAAUUGAUGUUGGUCACCAUUGGGACUUAAAGGGUUAAUUUAUGGCCAACAGGGCUGUCAGAAAGUUGUGAAGUAAACGGCUGAGUUGUCAAAGUAAGCAACCAGUCCAGGGAUAUUUUAUUAAAAAAAUGCCAUCCGUAAAGAAAUGCCAAGCAGAGAGUAGCCAGCCGAUACAAACAAAGUAGGUGGCAAUUUUUGCCGGCAGCCUGCUACUUUUGACAACCCUGGGCUAAAAAGUCCUACGUACGUAAUAUGACACAGGCUUUUUUCUUUACAGGGCUCCCAGUAAGCGCAUACCGUUUGUCUUGGAGCAGGAGACUUGAUGAUAAAACAAAAAAAUAUAUGGCCCUCAAGGUGACAGAUAAGCACACAAUGGGAAACACCACUGAUUACAGAAUCAAUGACCUGUUCCCUAAUACAACAUACCUUCUGGAACUCAGAGCAAUGACAACGUGGAGGAGACGCAACCUAAAAAGUAAACGCGUCACUAUUAGAAUAAGAACACCAAGUGAUAAUGCCGGUAAGAUAUAGUCAAGCAGAUAAUUAACAAUAUGUCACAAUCGCUAGGCUGUGGAUAUGACAUGGUGGAUACCCAGUGAGGCACACAGCACAGACUUGGCUCUAAACAUCUCAUAUCCUAUACCUGCCAAGUGUCAUGAUAGGUGUGAAUGUCAUGUCUGCGGAUUGAAAACUUCCAUCUUACGCCUACUCACGCCUGUGUUCCAAUUUCUCAGUGCAUGUAAACACUAUUAAUAAUAUUUUGAGGCCAUUAAUUAUGGCUGCAGGCAGGAAGAAUUUAGGAUGGCAAAAAGUGAAACAGUGACCACAACAUUUUACACAAAGUAAAGGUGGAACACUUGCUGAACAGCUGUCAAGAAAUGGUUAUGAUUUCUGAGAAUUUACUGGAUUGGCUAAGGAUGUUGAAAGUUGCAAAAUUUUGCCAUCCCACAACCAGCUAAAAAAAGGCCACUUUCAAUCUGAGCGGGCUAGUUUUUAUAGAAAAAAGGCUAGGCUAAGCUGAGAAAGUGAGAACCUAAAAUUGCAUUUAACAUUCUAUUGCCAAGGUAUAUCACCUACAUUUACAUCCUAGCUGUCUACUUUACAACAUGUACACGAGGACCUGCACACAAUGUUGCCGAAGUAAACAAAACAUUAGAUAUUUUACUGCAUGCAGCUGUAAAUUUACUGCACAAAAUACCCACACCACUUUCAGUUUCUUUUUAAUAGUAAUCUUAUUUGUAAGAGUUACGUAUUUACUAUUAACUGCCAAUCCCUUUUUUAUCUCUAUUUAACAGCUAAACUACAUAUACAGAACAAACCUCCAAUAAAAAAGGUCAAAUUUGGUGAUAUCUUUAAGAACACUUCAAAACCUCGUGUUGACCUCACCACGCAUUCUUCAUCUCCUCCUACAGAUGGUAAGUGUACCUAGUAAGUUGCUAGGGUGUGGUCUUCCAGAGGGGCGGGUGGUACUCCACAUUAUGGCUUUUACAGAGAGGCCCACCAAAAAGGGGUACCAUUGCUGUCAGAAAUGGAUAUGAAAGGGUAAGGGGUUGCACCUCAUGGCGGAGCCUCUCUAUAUACAUGUAUCACUUCUGCAAUCCAAAAUAAUAAAUAACAUGCAAAAAUUCAUAUAAACCAAUACAUAAAUAAAUACACUGUAAGCAAAUGGAACAUUCAAGUAAAAAUAAGCACUCACUUUUUCCUCAUCACGUUCCUUUAAUAUGACAGGUAAGUAUUAACCAGCUCCCCAGUCUCCUUAUUUUCUCCUAUAGGUAUAACCUUGCACUCCUCAGGUGUCUUGUUCACUUUUUUGUCUUUUGUGUAAUGAAGGCACAGAUAGCUCUAAUUAAAUGUGCCUUUUCUUUCCUUAGUGGUGACAUCAAGUAAUGAAGGUGUUUCUGCAGAUGUCAAAAAACAAAGAAGCAUUGGUCAAGUUAAUACAGUUUCAUGGUUUGCCUUAAGUACACUAAUGAUUCUAACUUAUAUGGUACCCUUUGGCCUGAGGUAG